AUGAAGCGAUACGCGGGUAUGCCUGCAGACAACGACUCACGCUCCCGCUGGUCCUUGAUGCCGACCUCCAGACACUCUCUGCAGGUCACCGACUUCAACGUGCACCAGAUCUCUACCUCCUACGUCUCUGCGCCCAUGAUCGUGCAGGGUGGAAGGACUUAA